AUGACGAAAUAGUUGGUAACAUCAUCCGUUGGAAAGAUGCCAAUCCAAACAGGUAUUUCAUCCAAUCUCAAAGAUUCCGAAAUUCCUCCUCCCCAACUCCCCUCUCUAACCAUUUUUGCUCUAGCCUGCUCCCUACGCUUCUUCUUUACCCCACGCCACAGUUGCUUUGCUGGCGGCCACACCGCGAUGAAAUUCGGCAAGGAGUUCCGGACCCACCUGGAGGAGACCCUGCCGGAGUGGAGGGACAAGUUUCUCUGCUACAAGCCCUUGAAAAAGCUUCUCAAAACCAUCCCCACCACCGCCGAUUCGCUUCCUCCACCCCACGACUUUCGCCUCCUUGAAGGCUCCGCCGAUGUCGAUGACGUCCAUGGUCUCCAUGAGAACAGGCCCUUGAUGGACCUCCAAGAAUGGUUCGUUCGAAUUCUCAACGAAGAGCUCGAGAAGUUCAACGAUUUCUACGUUGACAAGGAGGAAGAGUUCGUUAUUCGUUUGCAGGAGCUGAAGGAAAGAAUUGAACAAGUGAAGGAGAAGAGCAUCAAGGGUGGAGUUUUGACGUCAGAGAGUGAGUUCAGUGAAGAAAUGAUGGACAUCCGGAAGGAUUUUGUCGCUAUUCAUGGGGAGAUGGUGCUUCUCAAAAAUUAUAGCUCCCUAAAUUUUGCAGGUUUGGUUAAAAUUCUAAAAAAGUAUGACAAAAGAACAGGCGGAUUGUUGAGUCUACCUUUCACACAACUGGCUCUUAAUCAGCCCUUUUUCACAACAGAACCUCUCACAAGGUUAGUGCGUGAAUGUGAGGCCAAUCUCGAGCUCCUCUUCCCAUUGGAAGCAGAAGUAAUUGAAUCUACACCCACUCUACGAAAUCAGACUAACCAAUUGCUGAAUGACUUACCAAAUCUCUCUUCUGACACACCCUCAUCCCUUGGGGAGGAAACGGGAGAUAUAUACCGCAGUACCCUUGCUGCAAUGAAAGCCAAGGGCCUUCGAAAGGCUAGCUCCACCUGCAACCCAUUAUCAUUUGCAUCUUUCUUUGGUAACCAGGAUGAUGAAAGUGCUGGUGCAGUGACAGCUGAAAACUCUGCCUCCAACUCUUUAGCAACAUUACAGAGUGGGGAGGAGGCAGAUCAAGAGGAUGCAAAUUCAAGAAAACAGAAUUAGCCUUUUAGGGUGCUUUUGUUUCUUGCUUUGGAAUAGUUUCUUGUAAUGAGUGGAAACUGACUGGCAGUGUGUACUUUCAUUUACUUGUAAUAAAUAAAGCUGCAACCCUUACAUUUAACC